AUGUCACGGCCAGCAGCGCGCAAAGUCGCGCCUAAAGGGGAGUACAUUGAGACGGAUUCUGGUAACAAAGUGUCCCGGCGGUCAGCCAUCACCGGCACAGCGAAUAUCACGCUGGGCGGACGUACCGUCAUAAUGGCCGAUGUGCAGUUACGAGGCGACUUACAUCCGACGCGAAGUGCGCCAUCGCAAAGCGGCAAAGAGGUCACACCCACCAGUAUCAGCAUUGGACGAUGUACGGUAAUUUCGACGGGAAGUGUGAUCAAGCCGCCAAGUCGAAUAAGUAGAGGUCAAGUACAUUACUAUCCAAUGAAGAUUGGGGAUAAUGUCUUUGUUGGACCAAAUUGCACGAUACAAGCCAUCAACAUCUCAUCACAUGUCCACAUCGGUGAAAAGGUCAUCAUCAGCCCGUUUGCCAUUAUCAAGGAGAACGUCAAGAUCCUGCCCAACACGGUGGUACCGGCAAACAUGGUGAUUGCGUCGGGAUCCGUGGUCGCCGGCCAGCCUGCAAGAGUUGUAGGCGAAGUUGGAGAAGGCUGGGGCGUUAGUGCAGGGGGAUCUGGUGGAGGGGGAUUGAGCAUGGCAGGCGGGGGGGAAGAGAAAUGGGUGGAGGGUGGGGAUUUGCGCGAGCUGGUACGAAGUGUCAAGUGA